CUUGUGUGUUUGCCCGCAUGUAGCUAGUACUAGACAAGCUAACAGUACUUGAAACACUUUCCUGUUUUUCUUGUUUCGGUAAUUCAAGUGACAUGGAAGAACAAGAUGAUCAUGAUGUAUUAGGAGAGGCUGAAGCCGAAGCUUUCAUUGAAGAUCUCUUUAUUGAUGAUGAUGAUGAUAUUUGUGAUGACAAUCCAUCUUCAUCAUUUAUGAGUUCCGAACUGAAUACAAGGAAGAGAUUGAUUAGACAGUUGCUCACCUUGAGAGGGAUUGUCCCUAGCAUUACCAACAAGAUGGAUAAGAGAUCCAUUCUCGUUGAUGCUAUGUCUUAUCUACAAGACAUAGUUGACCAGACAGAAAUUGAACUGGAAAAACAGAAUCAAAAUAUCUCUACUACUUAUACCGCUGAUGCUGCUACUAAAGAUCUCGUACAUGCCAUUGUUGGUUCUCCAGAUGAUUCAUCCCCAGCAGAUGUUGAAAGUCUUCCCCAACCAUCAGUAGCACCUUGUAGUGCAAUUUAUCCUGCUAUAACGAAGAUGGAAGCUGAGGAAAUCGACAAGGAAAAUUAUAUAUUGAAGAUUAUAAGCAACAAAGCACCAGGAGCCAUUGCUCAAGUUCAAAGAUCGUUAGAAAUGUUAAAAGGCAUUGAGAUUAUGAGUGUUUCCAUCUCGAAGUACGAUCAACAUCACAUGCAAUCUACUGCCUUCCUCUUAGUUAAGAAAAUAAAAGGAUCGCUCUUGGCGACCGAUGCAGAGAGCCUCCUAGAAAAGGUGAAAACUGCAACUACACAACUCGGUUUUCGUCUACCGAGUGUUGCUUCUUCAGCCAACGAUUAAUAUAUUGAUUCAAAUAUGACAGAAUAAGCUCAAGGGCAAGAAUAAAGAGAUAUGAAGCAAUUUACCUUUUUAUUGUAUGUUGGAUUACUCAGAAAGAAAUUAGUAUAAUCAAGUAUGGAGGCAAAGAUAAAACAAGAGAAGCACUCACUUUCGUAAUUAAGUCCACCAUCAUUUUAUGGUGUUCUAAUUUAUAGACAUUCAAAAAUAUUCCACUGGACCUUUCUCUCUUCUCCCUCUACUCAAAAAACUAGAUAAAAAAAGCCCAUCAACUUUUUCUUCUUCGCUAUUAGAGCGAU